CGAGCACCUUUGAUUGUGCAGUAUAGUUUGAUUUCGAGAUGGCGGCUGCGGCAUCUUCUGCUUCAUCCGCGCCGGCGGCGCCUGCUGAUUUGCUUGCCAAAUGUCUGGAGGACGCCAGCAGUCGGGCCGCCAAGAUCCGCAGUGGGGGGAGCUCCGACGUGAUCAUGUCCGAGAAGAAGGAGAGCUCCGAGCGCGAGGUACGUCAGAGGACGGGGAACACCACCCCGAUUGCGGACGAGGAGAUCUUCACGUUAUUAUUGAGAGAUUUCUUGGGAUUCAAAGCGCUGGCCAGGCCAUCUAUCGCAGCGAAGAAUAUCGUCAUUUACUCAAGUCCAACUCGGCGGCCACAGAGUUCGGUUCUAUGAUCCAAGUAUACAUGGACCAGAAGAUUCCAGCGGCACAGGAGGUGCGCGAGACGCGCAACUUCCCGAAGCAUCCGCUCGACAUGUCGAAGGAUACGUUCAGUUUCAUCAGCUUUGUAUUUUUUAUGCUGCCACAGCCCGAGGAUUUUGCAUCGGAGAAUCCAGAGGACAAAGUGGGAAAAGAGACUCUCACUGCACUGAUGGAGUUGAAGUCGACGGCCAUCCCGUCUUUGAAGCUCUGGGUGGGAGAGUUCUCGACGAGGUACAUCAAGCCGAAUGAGGACUUCACGUGGAAGUGGGCCCUCACCUUCAGCGACUUCGCGCCAGAGGUUUUCCGUUUGGCCUUCUCGAACCUGCUGUUCUGGAAGGAUAUUGCAAAGGCGGUGGUGAUCGAGCAGGCCCGCUCUUUCCAGACGCCAGACGAGCAGCGCUUGUGGGCUGCGCUGAAGGGAAAGCCGAAGCCGAAGGGUGGAGCAAAAGAAGAAGAAGUGAUGUCGUCGGUGCUCAGCCCACUAACGGAGGCCAUCUCGUUGCCAGUCGGUGGGCUGAAACGUUGGCUGCUCCAGAGAUGCGAGGCCAUGGGCCUCCCCAAGUACAUCGCUGUCAUGAUACUGUCAGACGGGAGGGAGUUUGCAGUUCUUGAUGGUGGGGAGUUUUUUGGUACCACGUUUUGAUGCAGGAUGCUGGACACUAGUUUCUGCCCCGGAGUGGCUUUGCACUUGGCUCUGGUAUGCAGCCCACCCAUCUGAUCAUCAGCAAAGUUUUGACAUCGACCUUCAAGAUGACACGAUGAUCCUCAUUUUGUUCUAUUGGCGGCUACUGUGUUGGGUCUUGGCUUCGGCUCUGACCUCGAGGUGGUGGCCGCCGAUUUCUACUGCUACAUGCGGGAGGACAUCGAGUGCAACAACAUCUUCAACACUGGAGUACCUCGCGAAGCUCAAGGACAUGUGCGUCGCGAAGCCAGAGACGUACGCCGAGCGCGCGGACCGCCGGGCUGCCGAAAUCUCUGGACUCAAACAAGCGUUGUCUAAUCGCGACGGCCAGGCCCUGCUGAUUCAGCGCAAGACGCUGAUGGGGGCGCGCCUGAUCGGAGCAGCCCGGUAGAACGGCCGCGCCGCUGUAUGGCCUCAUCUCUCGGCCAAGGGUGCUCGAACCGUCCCUCCCUCACUCCCUCCUUCGCCCCACCUCCGCGUCAGGUACUCGAUCCUGACCGCUUGUGAAGCCAGACUGCCCAACUCUCGUGCAGGAGAUUGCCGAAGACUAGCGGUUCACAGGGGUGUUCGCGGUCGAACCCGU